AAAUGACGGAGGAUAUGUAGUUAUCUGCUAAAGCCUAAAGAGUAGUCGUAGAGACUGGAGAGACUAAAAUGAAGUUGAAUCUCGUCACUUUCGCGAUAGUAUUUGCAAUCGUUUCCCUCAUCUUAGCUUAUAGUGCAACCCGUUUAGUCCUACCCGACCCGGUACCCGGAUCCGAGAACCUUCUCAACGCUUCUCAUAUUAUCCUUACGGUGGGAGCUGUGGGACCGGAGAGUCUAGCUUUUGACCCCAAAGGAGAAGGUCCGUACACCGGUGUUGCCGAUGGCCGGAUACUCAAGUGGCAAGGUCUAGUCAACGGUUGGAUUGACUUCGCCGUCACUUCUUCCAACAGGAGUGCCUGUCUCCGGCCAUUUGCACCAGAAUUGGAGCAUGUGUGUGGGAGGCCUUUAGGACUACGAUUUGACCAGAAAAGUGGAGAUCUUUAUAUAAGUGAUGCAUAUCUAGGACUUCAAGUAGUAGGGCCAUCUGGAGGUUUAGCUACUCAACUACUUACAGAAGUUGAGGGCGAACCUUUACACUUCACCAAUGAUAUGGACAUUGACGAGGAAGAAGAUGUAAUUUAUUUCACAGAUACGAGCAGAAAUUUCCGCAGAAGACAGUUUGCGUCGGCGGUUAUUAGCGAGGACAGGACAGGCAGGUUGAUAAAGUAUAAUCGGUCAAGCAAAGAAGUAACUGUUUUAUUACAAGGCCUUGCUUUUGCCAAUGGAGUAGCACUAAGCAAAGACCGUUCCUUCGUGCUUGUAGCUGAAUGCACCUCUUGUAAAAUCAUAAGGUUUUGGCUUAAAGGCCCCAAAGCAGGAUUAUCUGAAACUUUUGCUGAAUUGCCAGGAUAUCCUGACAAUAUAAGAAGGAACCCCGAUGGAGAAUUUUGGGUGGCUGUGCAUAGCAAAAGAACAACUCUUGCUAAGUGGCUGAUUUCCAGUUCAUGGGCAGGAAAGACAUUACUGAAACUUCCAUUAAACAACAAGCAACUGCACUACUUGUUAGGAGGAUAUCACCCCCAUGCUAUAGCAAUAAAGCUAGGUGAGAACGGAGAAGUCUUAAAGGUCUUAGAAGAUCUUGAUGGGAAUAUCGUAAAAUUUAUUAGUGAAGUGGAGGAGAGGAAUGGAAAGCUGUGGAUGGGAUCAGUAUUAAUGCCUUACAUCGCGGUAUAUGAUCUGUAGUAGACAACUAGGCCCCCUGUUAGGUGUACAGUACUGCUGCAUGUAAUGCUGAUGCUUAUGUGGUAUAGUUGUAAUCUUUACUCUUUCCUUUGAGCACAAAUUUUCCAGAGCAGAUUAGUUGUGAUCUGUGACCCAUCUUUUAUAUAUAUUUAUUCCUUUUCUAAGGAAUAUUAUUGUCUGGUU